UCCCAUGAUGCAUUGUUUUCAGGAAGUGGAUGCGUCCGAGUUGAAAGUUCAAAACGUCCAACCCAAAUGCUACAACAACAAACAUCUUCAGGACGUUGAUAUUACGUUUAUUUUGGCAUUUUAUUGUAAUAAAUAAAGAUAAAAUGACAGGAAAUAAGGCGAAAGACCUUUUGCAGAUGGACCUGUAUGGUCUACUGGGUAUAGAAGGCACAGCGACGGCGAAAGAGAUCAAGAAAGCCUACCGACAGAAAGCCUUGACAUGCCAUCCAGACAAGAACCCAGACAACCCAAAAGCAGCUGAUCUCUUCCACCAGCUGUCCCAGGCCCUAGAGGUGCUGACUGAUGCUGCUGCCAGGGCUGCUUACGAUAAGAUAUGCGCUGCCAAGAAACAAGCGGAGGAGAGAAACAACAAGCUAGAUGCUAAGAGGAAGAAGAUCAAGCUAGACUUGGAGGCCAGGGAAUGCCAGGCUGAGGCACAUAGUGCAGAGCAGUUCCAAAACACCAGAACACUAGAGGAGGAGAUUGCCCGUCUGCGAGAGGAGGGCUCCAGGCAGCUGCAGGAGGAACAGAGGCUGAUCAAAGAACAGAUCCAGAUGGAGAGAGAAGCACAGCUCCACCACACAGGCACAGCAGACUACACAGCUACAGACGCAGCAUUUGGAAGGCAUUCCAAGAGCAAUGUGACCCCCAAAUUAAAAUUGAAGUGGAAGUGUAAAAAAGAGGAUGACACCAACGGCGGCUACUCUCAAGACUUUAUUUUUAGCCUUCUAUCAAAGUAUGGCGACGUUUUAAAUGUUCUCAUAUCAAGGAAGAAGAGAGGAAGUGCUGUGGUAGAAUUUGAAACCGUAAAAGCAGCUGAAUUGGCAUAUAAGAACGAGAGUGGCCUUACAGCAAACCCACUGAAGAUCUCUUGGCUUGAGGGACAGCCUGAAGUCAUCACCCCAGUGGUGUCGCAGGUUCAGCAAACAUCUGGACAGUACUUCCCACCUAAACAGGGCGCCCUGAGCAGUGAGCGGGACUAUGAGAGCGUGGUGCUGAUGAAUAUGAGACGAGCAUCAGAGAGACAGAGACUCAUAGAGGAGAUGCAGAGAGAGGACGAGGAGGAUGCAGCAUAGUACCAGCCCAGAUCUAGUCUCAGACCGGGAUUCAAUCCAAGGUAAUUUCCGUUUGAGCUGACAUCUGCACCCUAUACUGUGAAUGCGAUCUCCGCGCUUCAAUGUACCUUUGAAUGAAUCCUGGUCCCAGACCCAGUCCAGCUCUUCCCAGCCACAACUAAACUACAGUUUACUAUACACCUGAUGCUUUAGUUUCAUAAAGCACAUCUCAUCUGUGUUUAAAAAUACAUUUUAAAAAGUAUCUGUUGAAUAAACAUAUUUUUUAAAGAA